AUGGUGGCGUGUGUCAUGGAGAAGGAGAUCAUGAAGAGUUUGAUGCUUAUGCUUUUGGAAAUUAUCACCGCUGUUUGUCAUUUAUAUGUUGCACAAAACGAUCAUCUGAAUGUGAGACUUGUAAAUGGGAACAGUCGCUGUGCCGGUCGAGUGGAAGUUCUUCAUAGAGGUCAGUGGGGAACAGUGUGUGAUGAUUGGUGGGAUUUGGCUGAUGCUGCAGUGGUGUGUAGAGAACUGGACUGUGGAGAACCUGUAGAUGCACUGGGUGAUGCUCAUUUUGGACAAGGAUCAGGACCAAUCUGGAUGAGUUACGCCAUGUGCACUGGAUCAGAGUCAACACUGAAGAGCUGUGGCUCCACAGGAUGGGCUAAAAACAACUGUGAUCAUAGUAAAGAUGCUGGAGUCAUAUGCUCAGGUAACCUUCUCCUCAUCCCUAAAUAAUAAAUUAAUAAUAAUAAUGAUCUACUUAUACGAUAAGUUUAAAUGAUCUUUGUUCUUUUAGAGGUCAGGCUGGUUGGUGAUUCUCGCUGCUCUGGGAGGUUAGAGAUUCUUCAUGAUCAGACGUGGAUGUCAGUGUGUGACGCUGCCUUUGACCAGCAGGAUGCAGAGGUUGUGUGUAGAGAGCUGGACUGUGGGGCUCCUGUACAGGUGCUGAGAGCUGCUGCUUUUGACAAAGGAGACGCUCAGAUGUGGACACAAGAGAUUCACUGCACAGGAAAUGAGUCUCAGAUUCACCUCUGUCCAACGUCACCGUUAUAUAAAAUCAAUUGUUCUCAUGACAACUAUACUGAACUUAUGUGUGCAGAAAGUGUGAAUGUAAGACUUGUAAAUGGUACCAGUCGCUGUGCUGGUCGAGUGGAAGUUCUUCAUAGAGGUCAGUGGGGAACAGUGUGUGAAGAUGAGUGGGAUAUGGCUGAUGCUGCAGUGGUGUGUAGAGAACUGGGCUGUGGAGAACCUGUAGAUGCUCUGGGUGAUGCUCACUUUGGACCAGGAUCAGGGCCAGUCUGGAUGAGUUAUGUUGUGUGUACUGGAUCAGAGUCUACUUUGAAGAACUGUGGAUCAACAGGAUUGAGUACAAGCACAUGUAAACGUAAUGGUGAAGCUGGAGUCAUCUGCUCAGAAGUGAAACUCUUUGGAGGUUCUCACUGCUCUGGGAUGUUAGAGAUUCUUCAUGAUCAGACGUGGAUGUCAGUGUGUGAUGCUGCCUUUGACCAGCAGGAUGCAGAGGUUGUGUGUAGAGAGCUGGACUGUGGGGCUCCUGUACAGGUGCUGAGAACUGCUGCUUUUGACAAAGGAGACGCUCAGAUGUGGACACAAGAGAUUCACUGCACAGGAAAUGAGUCUCAGACAAACCUUUGUCCAUUUACUUCAUCAUCAUCAUCGCAUAAAAACAACUGUACUCAUGACAACACAGAACUUGUGUGUGCAGAAAGUGUAAAUGUGAGACUUAAAAAUAGUACAAGUCGCUGUGCUGGUCGAGUGGAAGUUUUUCAUAGAGGUCAGUGGGGAACAGUGUGUGAUGCUGACUGGGAUCUUAAAGAUGCUGCAGUGGUGUGUAGAGAACUGGACUGUGGAGAACCUGUAGAUGCUCUGAGUGGUGCUCAUUUUGGACAAGGAACAGGGCCAAUCUGGAUGGAUGUUGUGUUAUGCACUGGAUCAGAAUCUACCCUGAAGACCUGUGGGUCAUCAGGAUGGGAGAAACAUAACUGUGAUCAUAGUGGUGAUGCUGGAAUCAUCUGCUCAGGUAACCGCUCAAAACAUAACCUGAAUGAUAUUAUUUUUACAUUUAUUUUGAAUAUUACACCAGUAUUUUAAGAAAAAAUAAAAGCUGAAAACGAGUAAAUUAUUUGUAAAUUAUUUUGUUUAGAGGUCAGGCUGGUUGGAGGUUCUCGCUGCUCUGGGAGGUUAGAGAUCCUUCAUGAUCAGAUGUGGAUGUCAGUGUGUGAUGCUGCCUUUGACCAGCAGGAUGCAGAGGUUGUGUGUAGAGAGCUGGACUGUGGGGCUCCUGUACAGGUGCUGAGAGCUGCUGCUUUUGACAAAGUUGACGCUCAGAUGUGGACACAAGAGAUUCACUGCAGAGGAAAUGAGUCUCAGAUUCACCUCUGUCCAACAUCAACAUUAUAUGAAAACAACUGUACUCACAACAACAGUGUUAGACUGAUUUGUGCGGAUGCAAGGAAUGUGAGGUUGGUGGAUGGCAACAGUCCCUGUGCUGGUAGAGUGGAGGUUUUCCAUAGAGGUCAGUGGGGAACAGUGUGUGAGGAUGACUGGGAUUUGGCUGAUGCUGCAGUGGUGUGUAGAGAACUGGACUGUGGAGAACCUGUAGAUGCUCUGGGUGAUGCUCAUUUUGGACCAGGAUCAGGACCAGUCUGGAUGAGUACUUUAAGUUGUUAUGGGAUGGAAUCUACAUUAAAAAGCUGUGGAGCGGCAGGAUGGGGCCAACACACCUGUGGUCAUAAUGAUGAUGCUGGAGUCAUCUGCUCAGAUCAUAAACAGUCCAGACUUAUUGACGGAUCUCAUCUGUGCUCUGGGAGGUUAGAGAUUCUUCAUGAUCAGACGUGGAUGUCAGUGUGUGACGCUGCCUUUGACCAGCAGGAUGCAGAGGUUGUGUGUAGAGAGCUGGACUGUGGGGCUCCUGUACAGGUGCUGAGAGCUGCUGCUUUUGACAAAGGAGACACUCAGAUGUGGACACAAGAGAUUCACUGCAGAGGAGACGAGACUCACAUUUCAUUCUGUUCUAUGUCACAAUCACACAAAGACAAUUGCACAAAUGCCAGAAGAGUAAGCCUAAUAUGUUCAGGUUACACUGAUGUUCGACUGGUCAAUGGUUCAGACUCUUGUUCUGGAAGAGUGGAGCUUCAGUAUCUGAGUAAAUGGGGCACAGUGUGUGAUGCAUGCUGGGAUAUGAGAGCUGCCAGUGUCCUCUGUAAACAGCUGAAUUGUGGGAUUGCUGUGUCUGUUGUGGGAUCAGACUGGUUUGGAGAGGGAAGUGGUGAAAUCUGGGCUGAUGUGUUUGAUUGUGACGGGAAUGAAACAAAACUCUCCGAAUGUUCAAUCUCUUCAUGGAGUCGAGCUGAACGCUCUCAUAGACGAGAUGUUGGAGUCAUCUGCUCUAACUCGUCUCUGGCUCUUCAUGAGGGUCUGGUUCGGUUGUCUGGAGAGAGACAGUGUGAGGGGCAGGUGGAAGUUCUGAUCCAGCAGGUCUGGAGGAAGGUUCUGCUGGACUCCUGGAGUCUCACUGAAUCCUCUGUGGUCUGCAGACAGCUGGGCUGUGGCUCUGUGCUCAACUUCUCCGGCUCCUCUUCAUCCAGUUCUGAACACAGUCAUGAGUGUGUGAUGGGCUUCCAGUGCUCUGGGAGUGAAGCUCAUCUGGGGAACUGCAGCUCUCCACAAACUCUCAACUGCAGCUCCACACAACAGCUGUCAAUCACCUGCCUUGGCCGCGGGUCCAUCAGGCUGGUGGGUUCUGGGGGAGACUGUGCAGGGAGGCUGGAGGUUUUUCACAGCGGCUCAUGGGGGACAGUGUGUGACGACUCCUGGGAUAUUAAAGAUGCCCAUGUGGUGUGCAGACAGCUGCAGUGUGGAGUGGCCCUCAGUAACCAGCAGGUACCAGCCUGGUUUGGUCCUGGUUCUGGACCCAUAUGGCUGGAUGAGGUGGAUUGUGAGGGGAAUGAGACGUCCCUGUGGAGCUGCUCUUCUCCAGGCUGGGGAAAACAUGACUGUCAACACAAGGAGGAUGUAGGAGUCGUCUGCUCUGAGUAUAAAGAGAUCAGGUUAACUGAGGGCUGUGAAGGGAAUGUGGAAGUUUUCUACAAUGGAUCCUGGGGAAAUGUGUGCUGGAAUCAGAUGGACAGAGACACAGUGAGUCAGAUUUGUCAAGAGCUGAACUGUGGAAGAUCUGGUGUUUUGUCUGAUUCUACAUCAAGAGUGGAAUCAGCCCCUAACUGGCUGGAUAAGGUGAAAUGCCGACCACAUGAUUCAAAUAUUUGGCAGUGUCCAUCUUUACCCUGGGAACAGAAUCAUUGCAGUAGAGAUGAAGUGGCCAAAAUUAUAUGUUUAGUCUGUGAUGAUCUCUGGGACAUCAGCGAUGCUCAGGUGGUCUGCAGACAGCUGGGGUGUGGAGCAGCACUGAGGGCUGAUGGGAAUUCAGCCUUUGGUGCUGGUAAAGGUGUUGUGUGGCUGAACAGAGUCCAGUGCAGAGGGAAUGAGCUUCACCUGUGGGACUGUCCUCUCUCCCUGAACAACCACACUGACUGCACCCACAAAGAGCACGCUGGACUCACCUGUGCAGGUCACUGCAAAACUUGA